AUGCCUGACCGUCUAGUCGAUGCAGCAGACAUCCUGAUUCUCCCAGGAGGCGCACCCGGAGCUAAGACCUUCUGUCAGAGCGAGGACGUCUUGCGAUUGAUUCGCGAGUUCCGAAACGAAGGGAAAUGGGUCGCGGCAAUCUGUGCUGGAACCACCGCGCUUGUUGAGAGUGUCAAGUCACCCCGUGCAGAAGGCGAGGCUGCUAAGAAGUGCAAGGUCACAUCGCACCCGUCCGUGAAACAGGAGAUUGUGGAUGCUGGCUGGACCUAUGCGGACGAUAGCGAAAGAGUCGUAGUUGACGGCAAGAUCAUUACAAGCCGUGGUCCAGGCACUGCCAUGUUAUUCUCGCUUACCAUUGUCGAGAAGUUGGCUGGAAAGGCGAAGAGGGAUGAGAUUCAAGGACCGAUGAUCUGCGCCGAGACUCUGUGA